GGCCCAAAGGCGUGGGUCUACGGAGGCGACUACAAGAAGCCUCCAUAACUGGCCCUUCGGAUCAGAUCACGUUACCAUUCUCUCGCUCAUCUGUCGCUACGACGUCGUAAUCCCUCCUUGUUCCCCGGUGUAGGACGCUGGAAGCAAGGCCUUCGGCACAUAUCCCCCCAAGGGCUGAGUAUAGGGUGAGACCCCUAUGCGAAGCCACCGUUCGCAUUGAACUCACCAAGGAGGUGAGCGCUCACAAGCGACUCGCCGGCACAGGCACGCACUUGCUUAGCAAGAGGGCGUCAGUCGAACAACUGUAAAGAAAACCCAGAAAAUAAAUAGAGAAGAGGAAGAAAAAGAAAAGAAAAGAACAAAAGAAGAAGAGGAGAAAACAACAACCCUGGCUUAAUCUACGGUACAGAUCGCUACCGCCCGUCCUCCCGGAGUCACAAACUCAUCGCCGCCUGAGUCGCCAACAUGACCGAUACUCCGAGGUCUGACAAGUCCCAGACGAGGUUCAGCACCCCGGUGUCUGACCUCGACGACCACCGGAACCAGCCGCAGUCCAUGCCACGGAUCGAGACCGCGGGAUCUGGCGCUGGGUCUCGCAGGCCCACGUUCGGCAGCACCCAGGCUGUUCCCGAGCGGCCAAUCCUGCUCACCCAAGUCAAUGAGGCACUCGAGUCCCACGCCAUCACCAGCCGCGAUUUCGAGAAUGCGAUCGUGGACGAUGACCACCUGUCUCCCGAUCAGUACGCGCGACGAGGAUCCGUCACGGCCAGUCCCAUGGGCCGUCGCAGCACCUUUGUGCGCCCUCGCGACCCGGCCGUCGAGCGCCUGGCAAGGUCCCGAGCAUCGUCCCGCUCUUCGCGAUCCACCUCGCCGCCGAACUCUGUCGAUGCCUUUGCGGGACCCCACCGCCGCGAGCGAGCCAACACGCUGGACAGCAUUGCGCAACCGGAUCUGGAGCUCGCCAUCCAUAGGACAAUCUCCGGCCCGACCAAGAGGCGCCCCACGAUCAGCGACGAGCGCCCUGAGAUUGUUCGCGCCGACACGGUCUCGACCCACAGCUCUGCAGAGGAGGAUGUGUGCUUCCCCGUGCAGGAGGACCCCGGCAAGACGACUCGGUUCGACUACGAGGAGCUGGAGGAGUUCAUCGUGGAGAACCAGGAGAAGACGCCGAUCGCGAACCCUCUCCGCCACAAGUCCAGCGUGACCUCGCAGCUGUCCCAGGCCAGGAAGAUCUUUGGCGACCUCCGGCCCAAAGCCGACCAUUCGAGCGUGCUGCGCAUGGACCCUGACACUGCGACCAUCAAGGAAGCCAUUGAGCAGUCCUCGGACGAGAAGCUGGCCGACGGCUUCGGCACGCAGUACAACGAGAAGCAGGCCAGCGUGGCGGACGUGACGCUGCUCAACCGAUGGACGUUCUUCUCCUCGGAGCUGGACGACACCAUCCACGCGGCGGAGCUUGGUGGGCUCCUCAUGCCCGGGGAGCGGUUCCGCGACCUGUUCGAGCUGCCCCAGGACGGCGGCGUCUGGUGGCUGGACAUGGUCAACCCGACCGAGGAGGAGGUCUUUGCCAUCUGCAAGGCGUUCGGCGUGCAUCCCCUUACCCGCGAGGAUAUCAUGAUGCAGGAGCCGCGCGAGAAGGUCGAGCUCUUCCACCAGUACUACUUUGUCUGUUUCCGCUCGUUCUACCAGGACGACGACGACAAGGAGAACUACCUGGAGCCGGUCAACUUCUAUGCCGUCGUCUUCAAGGAGGGCCUGUUGACCUUCACGUUCGUCGAGUCCCCGCACACGGCCAACGUGCGCAAGCGUAUCGGACGACUCCGCGACUACAUCAACCUGUCGUCGGACUGGAUCUGCUACGCCCUGAUUGACGACAUCGUCGACGGCUUUGCGCCCGUGCUCCGCUCGAUCGAGCACAUCACCGACGCGAUCGAGGACCAGGUGUUCACGGCCCGCAUCGAGGACUCCCGCGAGAUCCUCCGCGCCAUCGGCGACUGCCGCAAGAAGGUGAUGUCGCUGAUUCGCCUGUUGGGCGGCAAGGCCGACGUCAUCAAGGGGUUCGCGAAGCGGUGCAACGAGAACUACAACGUCGCGCCGCGGUACGAGGUCGGAUUGUACCUCUCCGACAUCCAGGACCACGUGGUGACGAUGAUGUCGAACCUGGGCCACUUCGAGAAGAUGCUGUCGCGCUCGCACUCGAACUACCUGGCGCAGAUCAACGUGGACCAGGUGAUCCAGGGCACGCACUCCAACAUCACGCUCGGCAAGGUCACCGUCAUCGCGACCAUCCUCGUGCCCCUCAACCUCAUCUGCGGUCUCUUCGGCAUGAACGUGCACGUCCCCGGCCAGGACGUCCCCGGCUACGGCUGGUUCUUCGGCAUCCUGGGCACGAUCGCUGCGUUCGUGACGUGCUGUCUCUGUGUCGCUAAGAAGAUGAAGUACAUCUGAACGAACGUCGAUGCAUCUUUGUCUUUCCCUUCCUUUCCUUAUUGUCUUUGCUGUGUCUCAUUGUUGUUCGCUCGAUUGUUGAUUGGUUCUCUUCCCCUUCCAUGUCAUAUGUUUUGUUAUGUUGUUGUCUUGCACCCUCAUGCCUUCUAGCUAGUAGUAAUAGUGAUAGUCCAGUGGAUGUACAUAUGUCUGUUCUAUAGACACGUCUU